CUCAAUUCGACCCCGGCCCUUGCAGCCCGAGGUCGGAAGCGAUGUGAUGCUCCCUGCCUCCAGAGGGUGGCGCUCGAGUCCGACUGAACGGCGGAGGACGCCCCUGCCAGCAGCGAGCAGGCGAGCGCCCAGAGCGAGCCGAGCCCGGCGCCGCCAGCUCAGCCCCAGAUCUACCCCUGGAUGCGCAAGCUGCACAUUAGUCACGACAACAUAGGUGGCCCAGAAGGCAAAAGGGCCCGGACGGCCUACACGCGCUACCAGACCCUGGAGCUGGAGAAGGAAUUCCACUUCAACCGCUACCUGACCCGCCGAAGAAGGAUUGAAAUAGCGCAUGCUCUUUGCCUCUCCGAGAGACAAAUUAAAAUCUGGUUCCAAAACCGGAGAAUGAAAUGGAAAAAAGAUAAUAAGCUAAAAAGCAUGAGUAUGGCUGCAGCGGGAGGGGCCUUCCGCCCCUGAGCCUGUGGGCGCUCAAAGUACUGAGCAGUGUUAGCGGAGCUCUCCGUAGUGUCAGUACUAAGGUGACUUUCUGAAACUCCCCCUGUGUUCCUUCUGUGAAGAAGCCCUGUUCUCCUUGCCCUAAUUCAUCUUUUAAUCAUGAGCCUGUUUAUUGCCAUUAUAGAGCCUGUAUAAGUAGAUCUGCUUCUGUUCAUCUCUUUGUCCUGAAUGGCUUUGUCUUGAAAAAAAAAUAGAUGUUUUAACUUAUUUAUAUGAAGCAAGCUGUGUUACUUGAAGUAACUAAAACAAAAAAAAAA